AUGCGUUUCUCAACCGUCGUCAUGGGCACAUUGCUCUCCGGUGCUCUUGCGCUUCCUACAACCACCCCCAAUAGCUUCGAAAGACGGGAAAUUGCCGAGCGCGACUUAUCAGCAUCUCUGACUGCGGUUCUCGAGCAAGCACUUUCGUUGUUAAAAGGCGGCGGGGCUGCAGCUAAUGAGGGCGCAGUACAGGAGGGAGGAGAUGCCGCUGGAGCUGAAGAGGCCAAGAAAAAGCAGGAGGCCGCUCUACUCGCCGAGGAGGCGAAGAAAAAGGAAGAAGCUGCUUUACUCGCUGAAGAGGCGAAGAAGAAGGAGGAGGCUGCUUUACUCGCCGAGGAGGCAAAAAAGAAGGAAGAGGCCGCUGCUGGAGAGGGUGCUGCUGCUGAGGGCGAAGUUGCCGUAGAGAACGAGGUCGAAAUCGAAGGCGCAUUCGAUGUUGCAGUUGCCCUGAAUGGUGAUGACAUCAAGACAGACGUUGUUUUCACCGCAGAAGCGACCGGGAAACUCGAGGUCGAAUUCCAAGCUGCCACUGGUACCGAUGUAACUGUCACCCAAAACGAGACCCCAGGGACAGCUCCAGCAGGAUUUAAGUUCCUUGAUCCCAAAUCAUACAAAGUCGUGCUUACCGAAGGCGCUCAAGGCAUCACCCUCCAGAAGAUUGAUUACAUAUUGGAUAUUACCAACGCUGAAGUCAUCGCUGCCGGCGAUCUCUCCUUAGGUAGAAUUGGAAAGCUCGAAGGUGAAGCUUUUGUUGUUGAGAACGUUGGCGAACUUGAGUUUGAGGUUGAAGAGAAUGAGCUUUCUUUGACAGUCGCUGAUCUCAACGGCGAGUUCGCUGUCUUCGUCCCAGAUGAAUUUCGCAUUGAAGAAGCUGCUGUUGCCGCUCCAGCUGAAGGAGUAAAAUUGGCUGAAGAGGCAAAGUUAGCUGAAGAGGCAAAGUUGGCUGAAGAAGCAAAGGCUGAGCACGCAAAGGUGGCCGAGGAAGCCAAAGCUGAGCAUGCCAAACCUGCCAAAGAAGCAAAGCCCGCUGAGGAAGCAAAGGUCGCUGAGGAAGCAAAGGUCGCUGAGGAAGCCAAAGCUGCACACCCAGCAAAAGCCGAGGGAGCUGUCGUCGAAACCCCGGUUGCAAAUGCUACAGCACCAGCUGUUGAGGUCAAGAAGGAAGCCCCAAAAGCAGCCCACAUGGCAUAG